AAAAAUAUGGCAGUUGUUUUUAAAUUUGAUAAAUGAUAAAGGUUGUUUGUCGCCGAUUUGUGAAUAAACAAACAACUUUAACUGCACACAAUGCAUUGUGCCUUGAAUUAUAUAAACCCUUUCAUAGACGACAAUGUAAACGAUCUUAAAACAAUAGAUUUCGGAUUAGUUCCGGUAGAUUCCAUUGUGGAAAAGUCUAUUUUUAUACGAAACGUAUCAAAUGAGCCCGUAACAUACCGCGUAUCAGAGAUGUACGUGUUGAACGACGUAGACCACGUAUUCGACACAUCACUAGUGAGCUCGAGCGCGGUGGCUCCGGACGAUACUGCGCGAGUCAGCGUGGUCUUCCGUCCCAAGAUCCCUAAUCAGAGCUACACGGAGUAUUAUACCGUUGAUUGUUCUAAGGGCAAUAAUUAUAGGCUUACCGUUACUGGCUCUAGUUUUGGGCCGAAAGUGGAGAUAAGUAAAAAACAAGUGAAUUUCACUAUUCACAAGAAUUCCAAUGACCUUCGGAUGGAAGUGAUAACGCUCGUCAACCAAUCAGCUAUGGACACCACGUAUCAGUGGCUCCUUCCACUGAGCGGCCGCGGCUAUUUUCAGAUAUCAACAGGUUCUUGCGGAGUCAUAAGGGCUAAUGAAAGUAUAGUGGCGUCGUUGAUAUUCACCGGAAGUGCUCUAGGGCUUUACACGGCUGAAUUAGUCUGUCUAGUUUUGCACCAGGAACCAUUAUUCCUGAACGUAAUGGCAUUGGUCAUCCUCCAAGGACAUCCAACCCACCCAAUAGAAGACCACAUACUCCAGACCCGCUACAGAAGUAGAUCCGCUCACUAUAUGGAGAACAGUUUGAAUCGGUUAACCCACAUCCCUGCUGCUUCAGUAUGUGAAAGGUAUCUUGACUUUGGCACAGGCAGUGUGACGGAUAUCACGCUGAAUAGAUCGCAGGUUUUGUGUGUCACAAACCAUCAAGACGAGGAAGGAUUCUUGCAGUGGAUGCCAGACCCAGAGAAUGUUUUCAUUGUCGACCCGAUAGAAUUGAUCAUACCGCCAAAAGAAUGCAGACAAUUUACUGUAAGAUUUAGGCCUAAAGUCCCCGAAGACGUAUACGGCUACAUCAUGUUUGGAGACUACCAGCAGAAGGUCGUGUCUGAAGAAGACGUCAAGUACAAACACAGCUGGUUCCGCAUCCCCUGUGUCGGCAACACCUGGUCACGUUGCACUGAUUGGCCUACUCAGUGCGAUUGUCCCACAGAGAUAGUUCUGCCACCAACGGUUCCUACCAGAACGUCUUUUGCCAACUUCAGUCUGUCAAACAAACUGGAAUCACCGAUGCAUUUCAAGUUCUUGGCUCCUGCGGAGACCAACUUUGCUAUAAUGCCGAUGUGUGGAAUAGUACACAGCCGCGGUUGGCAAAUUAUAACCGUAGCCAUGGAGGCAAAGACUGCUGGAGAUUACAAUGAGAACUGGGAUCUCGUCAUUAAUGGUAUCGAAAAUAUCCGCAUACGCCUAGUGGGCGCCGCGCAGGCGUGCUCUAUAGCGGUGAUGUCGCACGGCUACGAGCCGGCGGCGGACGCCAUGAGCGAGUUCCCGCCGACCGUCACCGGCUGCGUGCACUACUGCUGCACCUACAUACACAACUUGACCAGGAUGUUUGUACAUAUCAGAGUACUAAACCACGUUGAUUGGCUGGGCGCGGACGAGGGUGGCUCCUUGAUACUGAGCCCGAGAGAGAUCAUACCUUUCCGCUGGUGGUUCUUCCCCAAAACACCCGAUAUGAUCUACAGCACUCUCACCGUCAUGACUGCUAUGUGUUUGAUUAAUAACAGGCCUGUUGGUGUACCCAUUGAUUACUUGGUUAAAGUGUGCGGCUUUUCCGAAUAUCCGGAACUAAAGGUGCUUCCAAAAACAUCUAACCUACACGACGUGGUAGUGGGAGAGCAAGCGUCAGUCACCAUCACUCUAUAUAACCGUUCUGCAUGUUUCUUUACAUCGAAGUUAUAUGCUGAAGUCAAAGGGUUGGGCGAUGAUCAUACGAAGGAUCGACUUGAGAUUGUUCCGGCUAUUAACAGUAUGAAGCCAUCAAAUUAUGUUCGUAUAAAGCUAACAGUAACACCGAAUGGUGCGGGCCCGAGACAGGUCGAUGUAAAGUUCAAGGUGCUUUGUCGAGAUGAGAAUGACGAGAUCAUCGAAAUACAACCCAUCACUACGAAGAUUCACACACUCUGGUAUGAUGGGAUUUAUCCAACCUUCAAGGUUAAACGAGCCAUAUCGGUGAAGUGCCCAAUAAUUUUAAGUAACCACUGUGUUUGGAACAUCACUAAUGUGGAAGCUUUCAACCAAGCCCUAGAAGACUGCAGACCACACCAGCCAUUCGACGUAGACAUUUUUGCCCCAGACCUAUGCAUCUACUCGGGGAAUGUCCAUCUAAUAUUCGUGUUAGGCUGUGUGUACCGAGUACCAGUCGCUUGGAACUUGAGACGGGAGAAGAUAUGUGACUGCCCGAUGGUUGUGGUGCAAACAGGGAUCUCUACGUUCGAGAAACGACAUAACUGUGUUCACAGGGAUAUGGUUGAGCUGUCGCCGAUGUCUGGGAUUGUUUCUGUGGACAACCCUGGAUUGCUACACUUGAAAUUUAAAUAUCUAGAAAAGGGUAACCACAAGCUUUGUUACAUACUAACAAUGCCUAACGACAGGACGAUAAACUUGUACGUGAACAUAUUUGCGCACUCAAUAUCCAAAGGCAUACUGACUCCACUGAGGAGACUUGCCGAUACAUCGGAGUAUCUGACUAUACUGGACUGUGGCAGAGUACCGGUCAAUAACCUGGAUCCUGUUGUGAGGCUAGCCUGGCUCUACAACCCGACAGACGUGUUCACAACAUGGCGUCUGCUGAGAGGCAACUCGUCCGAGCCGGGCAUCCGCUGCAUGCUUCACUUCGCCGAGGUGGCGCCGCUGGGGAGGCUGGCCAUACCGUUCGCGUUCUUUCCUACUGAGAUGAUUGAUUAUGAGGUAGUAUUCUCAUGUUCAUUCGGCUACGACAUAGUUCAGAUGGUGGUGCGCGGGCAGGGCGGGCUGCCCGGCUGUCUGGAGACCAGGCUGGACUUGCCGAGCUUCACGCCGCAAAUCAUCAGGAAUGCGUGGAGGACCGAUGUUGUAUACUUAUCCAAAGAAAGCUUCGUCCUGCCGACAAUGCCGACGCAUUGCCUGUCCAGAGAUAUUGUAGCUAUUUGCAACGAUACAGAUUACACUAUGAGAUUUAUCUGGUUGCCUGAGCGCAUAGCCAACAUAGUGAACGUAGUGAUGACGCCGUGCUGGGGCGUGCUUCAGCCACGGGCGAAGGAGUGGAUCACCAUGACCGUAUAUACUCUGCAGGAGCCCGCCACCUUCACAACGACUGUCGCGUGCGAAAUAUUGAAUUUGACAGCGCGACGCGAGUACCAACAGAAUGAGACGUUGAGGAGGGUCAAGAUGGAGAAAAUCAACCAGGAAUUUAUCAUUACUGAGAAAGGAUUGUUUUAUAUGGAUUUAAACGAAUGUCCACCUUACGUCCUAGACUUAGAGAAGCCUCAGCCGUUUCACUUGGCGCUGAGUGUGUCCGUUAGCUCUAAGGGACAAAGGGACGGAUACACCAGAAUGUUAGUGGCACAGAUGUGGGAACAGACCCCACCCUAUGAUUUAUUGUCUUCGGAUAUAAAUGAUAUGACAGCGUACAGCGGUGGUGGCCACGUCAACUCAAACAACCUACCAAUGACGGAUAUCAUCAGAAUCAUGGAUCAAAUCAUUUGGGACGCGCUUCAUAGCAAACUGUUUCGGGAUAAAGUCAACUUUUACGCUAAGGAGGAGAUUCCCACAUAUCAUCAACUAGUGCAAAAACUACAGUCCGAAGUUAAACCAAGACUAAGCAGACGUGUGACCUCGGGCAUAUGUGAUGCGAUCGUCAACAAAGCGUUGUUUCACGUCUACAACCUUCACCCGAAAGAAGAUUCUAAGAUGAAAUUUGUUGAGUUAUAAUACUGUUAUGUUUAGCUUAAUAUACAUAUAAUAAACGCGCAUACAUAAUUUAA